AUGACGACCAUACCGAUACUCAACAUUGAGCUGAGCGAGCUCAAGGAGAUAGUGUGGGCCAAGUUGCAGGAGCCUAAGGCUCAGCGAAAGUUGGUACUGAUUAUCGUUUCGAUAGCGUUGCUGCUCGACAACAUGCUUUACAUGGUGAUAGUGCCUAUCAUACCCGAUUACCUGAAAUACGUGGGCGCGUUCGGCGAUGUCGAGGACGAGGUGAACACGACGGGCACGCCGUCCCACCACGGCCAAGAUUCAGCCACGGGUGUGUUGUUCGCCUCGAAGGCCAUAGUACAGCUGAUGGUGAACCCGUUCUCGGGCGCGUUGAUAGACAGGAUCGGUUACGACAUACCCAUGAUGAUAGGAUUGUGCAUCAUGUUCCUGUCCACCGCAGUUUUCGCUUGCGGCCGAAGCUACGGGGUCCUCUUCUUCGCGAGGAGCUUGCAGGGAGUUGGCUCAGCUUUCGGCUGCCUGGUGGCGCCACCGUUCGGCGGCGCCCUCUACCAAUUCGCGGGCAAAGAGGUCCCCUUUCUGAUCCUCGCUUUCAUCAGCCUGGCGGACGGCGUGAUGCUCCUCCUCGUGAUGAAGCCGAUCAAGGAGCAAGUGAAGCAGAGGCAAGGCGAGAUGCGCCAAACGAUACCGAUUUGGCGGCUGCUCAUGGACCCGUACAUAGCCGUGUGCGCGGGAGCACUGAUGAUGUCGAACGUCGCGUUGGCCUUCCUCGAGCCUACCAUCUCCCUUUGGAUGGAGGACAACAUAACCAGGGACAAUUGGAAAAUGGGGAUGAUCUGGUUACCGGCCUUCUUCCCCCACGUGUUCGGGGUGAUGAUCACCGUGAAGAUGGCCAAGCAGUAUCCCCAACAACAGUGGCUGAUGGCCGCAUCGGGCCUAGCUUUGGAGGGCAUGUGCUGCUUCAUCAUACCGUUCUGCAGCAGCUACGGCGCCCUCAUGAUCCCGUUGUGCGGCAUCUGUUUCGGGAUAGCGUUGAUCGACACGGCUCUGCUCCCCACUCUUGGCUACCUGGUCGACGUGAGAUACGUCUCGGUCUACGGGAGCAUAUACGCCAUAGCCGACAUCUCGUACAGCGUGGCGUACGCUGUAGGGCCUAUCAUAGCUGGUGGCGUCGUCGAGGCGAUCGGUUUCACGGCUUUGAACAUCGGCAUAGCCUUCUCCAACCUCCUCUACGCGCCCGUGCUCAUGUACUUGAGGCACAUCUACGACUUCAAGCCGUUCCAGGACGAGGCAGACGUCCUGAUGCAAAACCCGCCCGACAAAGAGUACCAGACGUACGUGUUGCAGGAGCAGAGGCCCCUCUCGGGCGAGGUGGGCAACCAUUUGAACCAGACGCGUAUGGAGACGAACGUGGAUCAAGGCUACGUGGAUCAGAAUUACCAAGCUGGCCAGAAUUACGAUCAGAGCGGUUACGGGCAGAAUAUUAACGCGGCUGGAUAUACUCAGCCCUCCACCGGUUACGAGCAACCGCCUAUGUACGAGCAACAACCGGCCAAUUACAUGGGCCAACAGCCUAUGGCGUACUCCCAGCAGAGGCCGUACUCCCAGCAAGAGCCCCAGGCAGGAGGUCAAGUAGAUGUGAAUCCGUUCAGGAGGCCUGGAAAUGUCGAUCAGAAGCCCUCUGGCGAUAGCAAUCCGUUCAGGCAAGGGAUGUAUUAA